ACAUGAACUAGAAAACUUGACCCAAGCCAACUCGGAGCCGAGUAAUUCGUGGAUUUUUUUUGCGCGUACACAAAUAACAGUUCAAUAUCAAAACAAUAACAAAUGUAAACAUGGUUGGCCGCAACGCCAAAGCGCUGACACAUUUCCACCGGCUCACUGAAUACAUAGUGCAGUGCAAGCACUGCGACAAGACGCUCUCCUCGAAACACACCUCAUCUAAUUUGACGCGCCACUUAAUCCGGAAUCACAAGUUACUCGCUCGUGCGAUAUUCGCCGGUGAGGAGGGUAAAAUGCUUGCCGAACUGCGCGAAGAGCUGAACGCUCCCGAGCCCGAGGCAGAUGUUCACUUCGAGGCGAACAUGGGUGAGCGAGAAACGAAAACUGCGGUCCGCGCCAUCAUUGACAACCAGCACCAAGUACGGCAAACGGAGCAACAACAUCAUCACACGGAGCGAAACAAGGUGAUUGGCAAAAACAAUAAGCUGUGGGCACAUUUUGUGCGCAUCUCCGAGUUCAUGGCGAAGUGUAAGCAUUGCAGCAAAACAUUAUCGUCCAAGCACUCCUCGUCCAAUCUGAUGAGACACAUUAUCCGGCGCCACCAUAAUCUCUCGAAGAACCUAAGCUAUUCACAGCACAGUUUAAUAUCACCCAAGAAGGAGUUGCUACAGAGUGAGGAUCGCAGGCAGGUGGAUCCGUUGGAAAAGGUGGAAUUUGACGACGUUGACAGCAUCAUUGAAAAGGUCACCGAUCACAUGGAGGAUGAGUUCACCUCGGAUUCAAUGCAGGGUCCCUUUUACGAGUAUGUCGUAGACAAUUCGGACAUGAUGGUCACCCGCAAUUGUGAUGAGGAUCCAGCGAAUUUGUCGCAUUCAUUGGAGCAUGCGAUGGACACCAAUUCCAUAGGGGACACGACUACAACACAAUUGGAUGAGAAACUGAAAGCGGAGACAAUAUAUUACAAUGAGAUGGCCGAAUUGGCAAGAGCCAAGCGGCGACUCAUCGAUCUGCAGACGAAGAAACUUCUACUUGACAUGAACGUUGUGGAGAACAACUAAAAUUAAUUAAUUCAUUUUGUUAUUUUAAUGAUUAAACAAUAAUUAUAAACACUUGCAUGCAACUUACAAUUACACAAUUAAGCUUAACACAAAAAGAAAACAGAAACAGACACUAGCUGA